GGACAGAAAGAAGGAAGGGAGGACAGACAGAUGGGAUCAUUUCCUAAAAGAGGCUGGGAGAAGAUUCCCAAAGUCCUGGGCGUUUCUUGUUGAAUGUUUGCCAAGGGCUGGCUGACAAGCUCUCCUCAUCCACACCCACUGCAAAACUGCAUAGAAAAUCUAAUGGAUGAAGAUGAGAAGGACAGAGCGAAGAGGGCCUCCAGAAACAAGUCGGAGAAGAAGCGCCGGGACCAGUUCAAUGUCCUCAUCAAAGAGCUCAGCUCCAUGCUCCCGGGCAACACGCGGAAAAUGGACAAGACGACCGUGCUGGAGAAGGUCAUCGGAUUCUUGCAGAAACACAACGAAGUCUCAGCCCAAACAGAAAUCUGUGACGUUCAGCAGGACUGGAAGCCUUCAUUCCUCAGCAAUGAAGAAUUCACCCAGCUGAUGUUGGAGGCAUUAGAUGGCUUCAUCAUCGCGGUGACGACAGAUGGCAGCAUUAUCUAUGUUUCUGACAGUAUCACGCCUCUCCUUGGGCAUCUACCGUCGGAUGUCAUGGAUCAGAACUUGUUAAAUUUCCUUCCAGAACAAGAACACUCUGAAGUUUAUAAAAUGCUCUCUUCCCAUAUGCUUGUGACGGAUUCCCCCUCCCCAGAAUUCCUAAAAUCUGACAACGAUUUAGAGUUUUAUUGCCACCUUCUCAGAGGCAGCUUGAACCCAAAGGAAUUUCCAACUUAUGAAUACAUAAAAUUUGUAGGAAAUUUUCGCUCUUACAACAAUGUGCCUAGCUCGUCCUGCAAUGGCUUUGACAAUACCCUUUCGCGACCUUGCCGUGUGCCUGUAGGAAAGGAAGUCUGCUUCAUUGCUACUGUGCGUCUGGCAACACCGCAGUUCUUGAAGGAAAUGUGUGUAGCUGACGAACCUUUAGAGGAAUUCACUUCGAGGCAUAGCUUGGAAUGGAAAUUUUUAUUUCUGGAUCACAGAGCCCCUCCGAUCAUAGGAUACCUGCCCUUUGAGGUACUCGGCACCUCAGGCUAUGAUUACUACCACAUCGAUGACCUGGAGCUCCUGGCCAGGUGCCACCAGCACCUGAUGCAGUUUGGCAAAGGGAAAUCAUGUUGUUACCGGUUCCUAACCAAAGGGCAGCAGUGGAUAUGGUUGCAGACACACUACUACAUCACCUACCACCAAUGGAAUUCCAAGCCCGAGUUCAUCGUGUGCACACAUUCGGUGGUCAGUUACGCAGAUGUCCGGGUGGAAAGGAGGCAGGAGCUGGCUUUGGAAGACCCACCAACAGAAACCAUGCAUCCCUCUGCACUGAAGGAAAAGGACCCAAGCCUGGAGCCACAGCACUUUAACGCACUUGACAUGGGUGCCUCAGGUCUAACAACCAGUCCUUCACCGUCUGUGUCCUCAAGGAGUUCCCACAAGUCCUCGCACACAGCCAUGUCAGAACCCACCUCCACUCCAACCAAGCUGAUGGCUGAGAACAGCAAUGCAGCUUUGCCAAGGUCGGCCACCCUACCCCAGGAGUCACCAGUACCAGGGCUCAACCAGGCAGCCACAAUGCCGGCUCCCCGGCCUUCGCCAUCAUCCUGUGACCUCACAAAACAGCUCCUGCCGCAGACCAUCUUGCAGAGCCCACCUGCUCCCAUGACACAGUUCUCAGCACAAUUCAGCAUGUUCCAGACCAUCAAAGACCAGCUGGAGCAGAGGACGCGGAUCCUUCAGGCCAACAUCCGUUGGCAGCAGGAAGAGCUUCACAAGAUCCAGGAACAGCUCUGCCUGGUCCAGGACUCCAACGUCCAGAUGUUUCUGCAGCAGCCCGCCGUGUCCCUGAGCUUCAACAGUGCCCAGCGACCAGCAGCUCAGCAGCAGCUGCAGCAAAGGGCUUCGGCCGCUCAGCCCCAGCUUGCGGUGGACUCUGCACUGCCGGGGCAGAUCCCGUCGACCCAAGUCACAAACCAGCACCUGCUCAGAGACUCGGACGUGAUAGCCGCCCAGGGUCCAAAGCCAAUGAGAGGCUCACAGCUUCUGCCUGCCGGAGGCGGCCGGUCCAUGAGCAACCUGCCAUCCCAGUUCACCAGCGCAGAGGCCGUCCUCCCGCCAGGCCUGAGUCUCACCACGGCUGCUCCCACAUCUCAGGAUGCCAGCCAGUGCCAGCCCAGCCCUGACUUCAGCCACGAUCGGCAGCUCAGGCUGUUGCUGAGCCAGCCUAUCCAGCCCAUGAUGCCCGGGUCCUGUGACGCCAGGCAGCCCUCGGAAGUCAGCAGGACUGGACGGCAAGUCAAGUACGCACAGAGCCAGGUCAUGUUUCCAAGUCCAGACUCGCACCCUGCCAGCGACAGUGCCCCCACCCCUGUCCUGCUGAUGGGGCAGGCCGUCCUCCACCCCAGCUUCCCCACAUCCCAGCCAUCACCGCUGCAGCCAGCACAGGCUCAGCAGCAGCCACCACACUACCUGCAGGCGCCAACGUCUCUGCACAGUGAGCAGCCAGACUCGCUCCUUCUCUCCACCUUCUCCCAGCAGCCGGGGACCCUGGGCUAUGCAACAGCCCAGCCCACGCAGCCACAGCCCCCACGCCCUUCCCGCAGGGUCAGCCGGCUGUCAGAGCCCUCAGGUCUCCAGCAGCCACCCCGAUAGUGCCCUGCCGCUAGAGUCCAGAGGCAGCCAGCUUUAACCAAUGGAAGAGGGUGGGGGGUGGCUGUGGGAAACAAGAAGGAAGGUUUACAUGGCUCUGGCACACCCUGUACACAUUUCAGAACUCCCCGUGGUAACGUGUCUGGAGUGUGGUCCUGGCAGAACGGGGAAAGAACAGGAAUACUGGCCAUGAUUUUCUUGCCCCGAGGUUCUCGGGCAUCCGCUACAGCCAUAGCAGUCAGGAACCAUGUGCCCCAUAUGGGCAUCGAUCGUUUCCCGGUCUAUCUGAAGAGGCAUCGAUCGUUUCCCGGUCUAUCUGAAGAGGCAGUGCCUCUUGCUGCCUCCAGGAGAGGGACUCUACCGACUAACAAGGGUCCCAGAUGCUAGAUGGCCUUCACUCUCUUGAUGGUCUUUCCUUUAUGGUCAAGGACUAAGUUAGAGAGGUCUUUAGAGAGAGAGAGAAUAAAGAGAUUAUUUUCAUUAUUUUUAAAAGAAUGUUUUUUUUGUUUUAAUUUGCACAGCUGCGCACAGGGGAAAAUAACCUAGGCACUUUCUGGUUUUUUGUUUUUGUUUUAAAUAAUAAGGUCUCAUGGCUUCACUGGGACUCCACAAUAGCAGAAACGGCCCACCCAGCAGGUAGCAAAGCCUGUUAUUAAUGAAGCUGCAGAUCCACACCCUUGGCUUAAACCCUGGUGGAUGGGGCUCUUUACCUCCAUGCCCUACUGGUUGCCACUGCCCUCCCUAAACAGAACAACUUCCUGUUGACUUCACUGGCAGUAACUACAAAGAUGCCUCAGAGCGAAGCACAAUCUCACAGCCAUUCCAGAAUCCCCUAGAUACCUCCAAGACCACGGAGAGUUGCACAGCAGGACAACCAAGCAGGCUACAGUCCCCCAGGAAACCAGUCAAAGUGCUGGCCUUCCUGUGAGGCCGCCGCUGCAUCUGUCCACACAUCUUCCCUGAUGAUUCUAAAGAUUGGAUUUUCCUCCUCAAAAUGCACUUUGCUUUGUUUUUGUUUUGUAUGUUUUGUUAUGUUGAGAUGUUUCUAAAGAGAAGAUUUUAUGUAAUUAUAAGAGGAAGUGUAGUGAAUUGUACAGCUGUUGUAAUAAUGACCUAUUUCUAUAGAAAAAAAAUUGUAUGGAUAAUGUGUAAAUUAUUUUGUAUCUGAGACACCAGUUCCAUUCCCAAAUAUAAAAGUAUAAAGGUUU